UUCAAGAUCGGUGAAAAUUUUACCAAACAGACGUUAUAGCAACAAUAGCCGAGUCGGUGCGCGAGAGUUGAUUUUCCUUGGAUCCACUUGGAAAAUUGCGGUGUACAUCUGUUCCCAUUCCACCAUCAGCAAGCUAUCCCGUGCAUUACUGUCGACUGUGAAAAUGGCUCUCAACAAGCUUAGCAUCGAAAACGUCGAUCUGAAGGGCAAGCGGGUGUUUAUGCGUGUCGAUUUCAACGUCCCCAUCAAGGAGGGCAAAAUUACCAGCAAUCAGCGCAUUGUGGCCGCGCUCGACAGCAUCAAGUUUGCGCUCGAGAAGGGUGCCAAGUCGGUGGUGCUGGCGUCCCAUCUGGGCCGCCCGGACGGUAACAAAAACGCCAAGUACACGCUUGCCCCGGUAGCGGACGAGCUGAAGAAACUGCUCGGGCGUGAUGUAACCUUCCUGAACGAUUGCGUCGGGGCGGAGGUGGAGGCGGCCUGCAAGGAUCCGGCUCCGGGUUCGGUCAUCCUGCUGGAAAACGUCCGCUUCUACGUGGAGGAGGAAGGCAAGGGUGUCGAUGCGAGCGGCAAUAAGGUUAAGGCCGACAAAGAUAAGGUGAAAACAUUCCGCGAAAGCUUGGCCAAGCUGGGCGACGUGUACGUGAACGAUGCGUUCGGUACGGCCCACCGUGCCCACAGCUCGAUGAUGGGCGAGGGCUACAGCCAGCGGGCGGCCGGUCUGCUGCUGAACAAGGAGCUGCGCUACUUCUCGCAGGCGCUCGACAACCCGCCCCGCCCGUUCCUGGCCAUCCUGGGCGGCGCGAAGGUGGCGGACAAGAUCCAGCUGAUCGAGAACCUGCUGGACAAGGUGAACGAAAUGAUCAUCGGCGGCGGUAUGGCGUUCACCUUCCUGAAGGUGCUGAACAACAUGGAGAUCGGCGGCUCGCUGUUCGAUGCCGAGGGUGCCAAGAUCGUGCAGAACCUCGUGGACAAGGCGAAGAAGAACAAUGUGCAGCUGCACCUCCCGGUUGACUUUGUGACGGGCGACAAGUUCGCGGAGGAUGCGGCGACCGGCGAGGCCACGGUGGCCAGCGGCAUCCCGGCCGGCCACAUGGGCCUGGACAUUGGGCCGAAGUCGCGCGAAGCGUUCGCGGCCCCGAUCGCCCGCUCCAAGAUCAUCGUCUGGAACGGACCGCCCGGUGUGUUCGAGUUCCCCAACUUUGCCAAUGGCACCAAGUCGCUGAUGGAUGGGGUGGUGGCGGCGACCAAGGCCGGCACGGUCUCGAUCAUUGGCGGCGGCGAUACGGCGUCGUGCUGCGCCAAGUGGGGCACCGAGUCGCAGGUGUCGCACGUGUCGACCGGUGGCGGUGCGUCGCUGGAGCUGCUCGAGGGCAAGGUGCUGCCGGGUGUGGAUGCGCUCAGCAGUGCGUAAAUAUGACGCGAGGCGCAACCACUCUCAUUAUUACUCACUAAGAAGCAUUACUACAGUCACUACUACUCUCGUUAUCGUAUUGUUCGCGUGCUAUUGUGUAGGCAAGUGUGCUCGUCCCCCCCAAAGUCAUGGCAUUAAGCAGUCCAUCGUGUACCGGAAGACCGAUCAGUCGCUCCUUCGAAAAAGGGUCCGGAAAUGUAUGUUUUGGAUCUCGAGGAUGGUCGUUUAUCUCGUUGCAUAGAGGAAUAAAAAGUUUAGCGUGAAAAUAAACACCCAAAAACGA